AUGAGACGCGGAACCCUUAUAUUCCUGGUGAUCAAUUUCAUAAUAAUUGGUUUCCUGGUAAAUGCAUUCAGUACUUUGAUAUCAUUACUCUUCACAGAUGGUGCCGCAGAUGCCAUCCACCGCUCCGAAAUACCUGCGCCGGGCUCAGAAUUAAUUGAGACUCGUCCUCAGCUUAUUCCUAAAAUUAUUCAUCAAACCUAUAUCAAUAGUUCGAUUCCUGAGCGAUGGAAGGCUGGUCAGCAAUCGUGUAUUGAUUUACAUGAUGAUUAUGAAUAUAAGUUAUGGACUGAUGAAGCCUCGAGAGCUUUCAUCGCCGCUGAAUAUCCUUGGUUCCUAGAUACAUUCGAUAGCUAUCCUUUUCCUAUUCAACGCGCAGAUUCUAUUCGCUAUUUCGUACUAGCACAUUAUGGAGGAAUAUACAUCGAUCUUGACGAUGGCUGUAACAGACGUCUUGAUCCCCUCCUUAGCUAUCCCGCCUGGUUGCGCAGAACUAUCCCUACUGGAAUCAGUAAUGACGCCAUGGGAUCAGUCCCUCAACAUCCAUUCUUCCUCCGCGUCAUCGAAUCCCUUCAAUCCUACAACAGAAAUUGGGGCAUGCCAUACAUUACCGUAAUGUACAGCACAGGUCCAUUAUUCCUCUCAGUUCUCUGGAUCGAAUACAUGCGAACCGUUACCGAUGAAGCAGGCCGCGUGCGUAAUCUCAUGCCAGAUGAAUACAAUAAACACGCAUGGAGUUUUUUCAACGUCGUAAAAGGCAACAGCUGGCAUGGGAAAGACGCACAAACUAUUUUCUGGAUGGGCAAACAUUGGUUACUUCUUACCGUGACCGGUUUUGCCAUUGCGGGAAUAGUUGGUGGAUGUCUAUGGUUUGCAUGGAAUAUGUGGGUAGUACGAUCGAGUAAAUCGCACAGAAGAGGAAUGGCUCUUUGGAGAAGAGUUAGCGGGAAAGAUCGUUACGAAUUAUUGGAUCGCGUUGCCUGA